AUGCAAGGAUCUCAGCCAGUUGCUUUGAUGGCAAUGCUCAUCUUGGUCAUGACUCAGUUGCUGCUGGAUGAAAGGUUUCUGUCCGUCUUUGCAAACACGCACAGGGCACCUCAAGAGAGCCGUGGGCUACAAGCAAUAGAGGAAACACACAGCAAUGUUGAAAGUGAUGGCACUGAUAGCAGCAAUAGCUCUUUCCAUGAUGAAUGUGCUUUUGCUCGCAAUGCUACUUUCUCCAACAAACCACCAACCACGACUGUCAUUGUUACUUCUAACCUGAUCCCCACCAUGCCCUCCACUGCGGUAUUGGAGGACACACUGGACUCAUUAUCCAUGCUCAUUGGUCUCGAACCCAACACACCCAUCAUCAUCGCAGUGGAUGGAAUCCAGCCUCGGCUCGACACACCUGAAAACCGACAGCGACUUCAAGAUUGGGUCUCACGAGUUCGCUCCAUGUUCAAAUGCCAUCCC